AUGCCGGAACAGAAAGCUCUAUAUCUAGCUGAGAAGCAGGGCGCCUUCGCCCUAGGGACUGCCCCGAUAUACAAGCCUGGUCCUGGAGAGAUCCUCAUUAGAGUUGAGUCUGUCGGGCUAAGUCCAGGCGACUGGGUGAUCCAAGAUCUAGGCGUUCUCGUUGAGACCUACCCUGCGAUCCUCGGGUUCGAUCUCGCGGGCACGGUCGAAGAGCUGGGGGAGGGUGCUACGCGCUUCAAGAAGGGCGAAAGAGUGUAUGUGAUUCCUCAUCUUACACGGAACUUCAUUCAACUGGUUGUCUUUGGGGGUGCUGGCUCCGUCGGCCAAGCAGCUAUACAGUUGCUCAAGCUUUCCGGCUUCGACCCGAUCAUCACGACUGCGUCUCUCAGAAACGCUGACUGGCUCAGGCAUCUGGGCGCAACUCACGUCCUCGACCGAAACCUUUCCCCCGAGGAGCUCCACGCAGAGAUCAGGAAUAUCACGCCGGAGUAUUUCACGACCAUAUUCGACGCCGCUGGGGCCCUGGAGACACAGAACCUCGGGUAUGACCUGCUUGCCUCCGGCGGCACGAUGGCCGCCGUCCACCCCGACGCCGUCAAGCCGGAGAAGAAGGUCGAAGACAAGAAGUCUUUCUUCAUGUUUGCGGACCCGAACAUCCCGCAGAAUCGCAAGCUGGGCAACAGUCUUUUCGCGAACUUGACGGAGUUGCUAGAGAACAGGGACUUCAAGCCGAACCACGUUGAAGUAGUACCCAAUGGUCUGGAGGGCAUCAUUCCUGCUCUCGAGAGGCUGAAGAGCGGAGUCAGCUGUGUGAAGCUUGUUGCGCAUCCGCAGGAGAGUGCCUGA